GGAACAUGUCCUGGAAGCGGAAUUCUAAACAACGAACACACAUCAUUGAGGAGAAAUGCCACACCCAUGAUACCUGCGAGCGAUGUCGUCAUAGCCCCGGGACAAAUUUAUCCCCAUUUGGUCACGGAUACUUGGACACACACAACCAACCAGUGUUAUCAGCGUACGGGACAGUCCUUGUGGUCUCUGUAUGCGACAUAUCUAUAUCGUACAAGCCUGAGGCGUGUGUCUUUGCGCUAAAGUCAAUAGGGGAUCUGAAAGACAAUAUAGCUCUCUCCCUAAUGGUGGAGGAUUUGAUGCAGAGCAAACUUGUCUAUCAUACACCCAAAUGUGGUGUCAGUAACAUUAAAUCAAACGAAGGUGUAAAGUAUAAUCUUCCCUUACCAUACCGUCAGAUAGCCCAGGAGGAUAAAACUCUUCUCAUAAACUGGAUCCUAGAACUGCGCGAUAAAGACCACUCCAGUCGCAGACCCUCGCGAGAGAAGGUAAAUAACAUACAGAAGGUUAUAUACUAUCUCAACUUGGGGCACUUGGAACACGAAGCCCAGGCUCUUGUCGAACAAAAAUACCGCUUUUCAACAUUCAAUAGCAUGGUUUCCCCAGCAAGGCAAGAAAAUCGGAAGCAAAACUAUGACCAGAUUAGCCCUCACAGAAAGAUAAAACUAUGUGGCAACGAUCUGACCCCGGCGAUUUAUGACAUCGGAUGAUGGCAAAGCCUUUUUAAGGCAGCACUAUCCAAAGCAGUUCCAAGC